AUGAGCUCCCUGCUUUCACCCGGAAAGGUGUUACUGCUCGCCGCUCACUAUGCGACACACGGCGACAUCGAGAGCCUGGCCCGUCUGGCUAGUCGGCGGGCCAAAGUGCUGCACAAGGAGCUUCUCUUGAGGAUUCUGCUCACUUAUCUGCCGGAAACUGUGAAUCCUUCGACCUAUGCUGGCUUCUUACUCGCACUGGCCAGGGAUAAGCUGGAAGGGUAUGCCGAGGGCGAACUGGACACAACUCCCGUUGAGGACUUGUCUGAAGAUGAAGCCGCCAAGCAGGCAAGGAAAUUGCAUCUACAGCGGCUUGUGUCGGCAGAGAUGCCAAGCGACUUUCACGACAACCCCAUCAGCAGCUUUCUGGUUCUAAGGUCUUAUAAGAUGGAUAGCGAAGCUGGUCUCCUAUCACAAGUACCGAGUCUCAUAGCUCCAUUUCUGUCACAAUCGCCAGCACUUCGUCUGUGGGCAACGUCCAUCGUGGUCCCCUACGUAAGAAGAAACGUGGAGUACUACGCCGAUGAGAAUCCGGCAUACUCUCUCCUCGAAUUUCAGAAGCUCUCGGAUUCAGCCGCCGUGCUAUAUCUGCUGUCCCGGACGGGAGGUCGUGAGGAAGACAAAGGCUUCAUCGGUCGUGAUAUCAGAGGAAUGGUCGGGCCGUGGCUCUAUGGAAGAAGUCGACGGACAUCGACGCCUGCUGGCGACAAUCAAAGUGCUGCCCACGACGUGGAAUCGUCGCAUAUUUCCGCCGGCUGGACACAGUUUCUCAAAUGGCUCGUUAACCAAGCAGCAACGUCUUGGACGGUUGCCGUCGCUGUAGCAGACCAAUGGGGAGGGCCCAACGACAUAGAUCUGGGGGAGGUGGACGACCUGGAAUUCACCAAAACCCAGCACGAAUAUCUGCUACAGAGCUACGCGCGAGCGAUACUGGCGUCUGCGUAUCUGAUCCCUGAAACAACAGCAGAAGCGCUUUCUGGCACCUAUCAGAUGGUAUACAAGAUACGGACGAUGCUUGGCUACAGUGACAUUCCUCCCACAAUGGAGAUGGCGCUCUGUCAAUUGCCCAGCUUGUCCGGUACUGAUUUGCCCUCGCACAUUGGCAUGAAGACUGCGACUUACAUGAGAAACGAUCUGCUUUCGGAACAAAAUACAUUAACCUCCCCUACAGAGGGUGCAAUGGCGUUACUGACGGCCUUGAUACUAAGCGCCGCUAUCUGUACCAGCCUGGGUGUACCAUGCUGUAUUAGAAAAGCCGGCGAUCUCACUUUCAUCCAAGAUCAACGGGAGCAGAAGGGAGAAGUUACCAAACUUAUUCGAAGCGCCUCCGCUCAGGUACACGGGGACGAGGACAGAUACUGGUCACAAGUAAGGGACAAGCUGCUAUGGCUGAACACUUGGGGCCUCGAUGGGCAUCAGUCUACCGAUCCCGAAACAAGAGGCAUGCUCGGAGCUGUACCCAAAGAGUUCGUCGAAACGGAGAUUCUGAAAGCUCUCCUCUCCAGUUCACGGUAUAGCCUUGCUAAGAGCAUCUACGAGGACAGUCCAGAGCAGCCACUUGCUGCUGAAGUCAUACAGGACACGGUCUAUCAGGCGGCCUUGCGCGCUUUCGACAACGCUUCCAAUCCUAACCGGUCGAGAGGUGGGCUGAAGAAGUGUGAUGAGAUCAUUCAUUCGUUCCCAAAGACAUUAAACAAGACGCAUCCAGCCACCAAACGAGUGGAGGCCCUGUUGCGAUGCACACAUGCCCUGAGCGAGUACCGACUCACGCUCAAGCAAGGCGAGCCGUUCAAGCCCGUCGUCCUUCGAGUGCACUCCGACCCCAUAUCCAUCAUCGAAAAAGUCCUGGAGCAGAAUCCAAAAGCAUACACCCGCCUCCCCGAGUUCCUGGAAAUGGCAGCCAACAUGGUCCGCGCGGGAAUCACCCAACAAGCCCGCUCCGUCAAAUUCGACUCCCCGGCGGAAGACAACAGCAAAGAGCUCGUCCGAGCGGAGAAGCUCAUCAUCUCGCUGUGCAUAGAAGCCGCGCUGAGGGAAGACGAUUUUGAGACGGCGUACUCUUACGUGGUUAGUCGCCUAGAGGCGCCGGCCUCGGGAGGAGGAGGAGCAGAAGGAGGAGCAAGCCAGGAACAAGACGAGUGGUCCUGGAAGGCCGCCCUCAAAGCAGGGCAGUACGUCCGCACCGACCGGACCCUGCUGCCAACGCACCUGGGCAUCGCGAGCGGCAACCCCGAGAUCCGGCACCUGGAGCAGCGCAUCGAGUGUCUGGCCACUGCCCUACGCGUCGCACCCACGUCCCAGCUGCUCGAGAUCCUCAAGACGUUCCGCCGCUGCGAGGAGCAGCUGGACUCCGCCAUUGCCGAGGAAGCCGCCGCGGAAGCCUCGUGGGCCGCAGCCGGCGAAGUCCCUGGAGCUUUCGAGGCUACGCCGCCACCCGGCCUGCAAUCGUCGAGGAACAUGACGGCCACCGCCGCGUCGAAACAGGCCGAGGAGGCACCCAUGUCGCUGUUUGACCUAUCGCGGGCGACCGCCAGCGUGGCAUCGCGCAACUUCACGAAGCUGUCCAGCCUAUCAUCGUCGCUCGCCGGCGCGGCAUCUUUGGCGUCGUCCGCGACCAGUAGUACAGCGGGCGACCAGGCGCCACAGCGGUUACGCAAGAGGGAUCAGCUCAGAGAGGCUGCCACGGGGACCCUUGUUUCAGGGGUUGGUUGGCUGAUUGGGGCCAACGUCAAUCGAGAAGCAACCGAGAGUUGAUUGUUUGCGAUGGAAUAAUAAAUUAUUAAUAGUAUACGAUAAAUUCUACAGCUAGGUACCUAGCUUUACUGGGGAACAAUGAAUGGCAGGGCUUGGCUUAUGUACUACA